AUGAACAGCGAUUUCAAGCCAUCCAACACUACUCACAAGGUACUCGAUCCCAAUGCUAUAUCACAGAAGUCCGUUGCCUACUAUGCUCCGAUCCGGCUACAGCAGAUCUAUCAUCAAACCUUUCAUACCAUCUUCACCUCCCGGCAGUGCGCCAUGUCUGCCUUUAACGCCUCCCAGGUUGACCUGAACACGGCGAGCAAAGAAGAUGUACUGUGCUUCCUUGCCCUGUCCGAGAAUGAGUAUAAUGGGCACCUCGGUGCACGCAUUUCUUCAAUCUUUGUGAUUCUAUUCGUCUCCUCCGCCUUUACCUUCUUUCCCGUCGUAGCCAAAAGCUUGCCGUCCUGGAAAAUCCCCUACGGUGUCUACCUGUUCGCCCGUUAUUUCGGUACCGGUGUUAUUGUCGCAACAGCUUUCAUCCAUCUUCUAGACCCAGCAUAUAAGCGAAUCGGACCCAAGACUUGCGUCGGAGAGUCAGGCUACUGGGGCGAAUAUUCAUGGUGUGCGGCAAUCGUGCUAGGCUCAGUCAUGAUUAUCUUCCUCAUGGACCUGGCAGCUGAAGUCUAUGUCGAGCGCAAGUGCCACGCAGUCCACAGCUCAUACGAUCAGGAGAAAUCCAUCCCGCCGGUGCAGACAGCUACCACCUGGACCUCAGACAAUGAAACAGCAGCGGCAGAGCGAUCUUUCAAGCAACAGAUUGCAGCAUUCCUCAUCCUUGAAUUUGGUAUCAUAUUCCACUCCGUCAUUAUCGGAUUGAAUCUCGGCGUCACAGGCUCUGAAUUUGCAACUCUUUACCCAGUUCUGGUGUUUCACCAAUCCUUCGAGGGUCUUGGUAUCGGAGCGAGAAUGUCGGCUAUCCCCUUUGACAAACAUACCUGGCUGCCCUGGAUCCUAUGUGCGAUGUAUGGGCUCACUACGCCAAUAUCCAUCGCCAUCGGUCUCGGCGUUCGUACCACAUAUAACCCUGGCUCUAAGGUAGCACUGAUAGUGCAGGGCGUGUUGAAUGCUAUCUCUGCUGGCGUCCUCAUCUAUAGUGGACUCGUGGAAUUGUUGGCUCGUGACUUUUUAUUUGACCCGGAUCGCACUAAGCGUCGGAGCCAGCUGUUGUUUAUGGUCUUUUGUACUCUGCUGGGUGCUGGCAUUAUGGCUCUCAUCGGGAAGUGGGCGUAA